AUGGUUAUCCAGGUUGCACUGCAAUGUAACUUCAUCCAUGGUAAUAUUAACCUCAGCCAGGCACUUAAGGGUGAUUCCAAUACGGGGGUGAACACUAAUGGCGUGGAGAUGGGUCCAGAAUCAACAGUAACAGAUGGAGUCGAGGAUACUGAUGAAUCUGGCGGGUUUGAACAAGAGACUGAAAAUGAAAAAAGUCUUUUUCAAGACGCUGAAAGUGACGUAGGAAUUCAGGGACGGAAAAUGACCAAAGGAACUGGUAUACCGCUGAUCACACCGAUGCAAAACAUGCCAUCACACCAUACACACGGUGCUUUGAAAACUGAAAACAAUGAAGCACAAAAAGAGCAUACAAAUAGAUCUAGUGCACUGUCUAAUACGCCUACAUCACUACAACCGGGUGCAGAUAUAGAGAAUGAACAUAAUGAGCUGUCACACAGCGCUCUUGUUAAUUUGAAUACCGACGCAUCCGCUGAUGACAAGUGCGUCCUAAUGGAAGAACGCACAUCUCCUCUGCAGCAACGAGAUAUCAAGGACAUCUUAGAGACUGGUACGAAUGAUGCUUCGUAUGCAAUGUAUACCACACUAAAUGAAGCAUCACUGAGCGAUGUUAGUGCUUCCAAACUAGAGCUACCAUUCAACCCUGACAAGAUGGAUGAAGAAGGAUACACACCGCUUUACAAGGCUGCUUCAGAAGGUCAUAUCGAAGAUGUUGACGAUCUCAUUUCAUGGGGGGCAAACCCAAAUAAACCAAGUAAGGGUGGACUCCGUCCUCUUCAUGCAGCGGCUCAAGAAGGACAUGUACACAUCGUUGACUUCCUCAUUCUGCAGGGAGCGGACGUGAAUGUUGAGUGUGAUCUGGGUCAAACACCUCUUCAUACAGCGGCUGCAAACGGUUAUGUUUAUAUCUUAGAGAGCUUCAUUGCAGAAGGACCUGAUUUGAACCAGGAAGAUAACACUGGGCGGACGCCAUUCAAUGCUGCUGUUCAAGAGGACCAUCUAGGAGCCGUCAAAUAUUUCAUAACUCAAGGGGCCAAUUCGAGCAGAUAUGGCGGCAAGACACCCCUAUAUUUGGCAGCACGGUACGGUCACUUAGAAGUCGUCCAGUUUUUUAUUUCAAAAGGGACUUAUGUAAAUGAAGAAGACGGAGAAGGAAUGAUUCCUCUUCAUGGUGCAGCUAAAGGAGGCCACUUGAAAGUCAUGGAAUAUCUAAUUCAGCAAGGAUCUGAUGGAAACAAGGCUGAUGCCGAGGGUUGGACGCCAUUCAAUGCUGCUGUUCAAGAGGGCCAUAUAAAAGCCGUGGAAUAUCUCAUGACUAAAGAAGCAAAGCAGAACAGAUGUGAUGGAAUGACCCCACUCUUUGUCGCGGCGCGAUUGGGUCAUUUAGAUAUCGUCAAAUUCUUCAUUUCCAAAAGAGCUGAUGUGAACGAAGAAAAUAAUAACGGGAUGAUUCCUCUCCACGGUGCAGCUGCUGGAGGCCACUUGAAAGUCAUGGAAUAUCUCAUUCAUCAAGGAUCUGAUGUUAACAAAGCAGAUGCCGAGGGUUGGACACCAUUCAAUGCUGCUGUUCAAGAGGGCCACAUAGAAGCCGUGAAAUAUCUCAUGACUAAAGGAGCAAAGCAGAACAGAUAUGCUGGGAUGACCCCACUCUAUGUCGCAGCACAAUUUGGUUAUUUAGAUAUCGUCAAAUUCUUCAUUUCCAAAGAAGCUGAUGUGAACGAAGAAAAUGACAACGGGAGGAUUCCUCUCCACGUUUCAGCUGCUAAAGGCCACUUGAAAGUCAUGGAAUAUCUCAUUCAGAUAGGAUCUGAUGUUAACAAAGCUGAUGCCAAGGGUUGGACACCAUUCAAUGCUGCUGUUCAAGAGGGCCACAUAGAAGCCGUGAAAUAUCUCAUGACUAGACAAGCAAAGCAGAACAGAUAUGCUGGGAUGACCCCACUCUUUGCGGCAGCAGAAUUUGGUCAUUUAGAUAUCGUAGAAUUCUUCGUUUCCAAAGGAGCUGAUGUGAAUGAAGAAGAUGAUGACGGGAUGAUUCCUCUCCAUGGUGCAGCUGCUGGAGGCCACUUGAAAGUCAUGGAAUAUCUCAUCCAGCAAGGAUCUAAUAGGAACAAGGCUGAUGCCGAGGGUUGGACGCCAUUCAAUGCUGCUGUUCAAGAGGGCCACAUAAAAGCCGUGAAAUAUCUCAUGACUAAAGAAGCAAAGCAGAACAGAUAUGCUGGGAUGACCCCACUCUAUGUCGCAGCACAAUUUGGUUAUUUAGAUAACGUCACUUUCUUAAUUUCCAAAGGAGCUGAUGUGAACGAAGAAAAUGACAACGGGAGGAUUCCUCUCCACGUUUCAGCUCAAGGAGGCCACUUGAAAGUCAUGGCAUAUCUCAUUCAGCAAGGAUCUGAUGUUAACAAAGCAGAUGCCGAGGGUUGGACACCAUUCAAUGCUGCUGUUGAAGAGGGCCACAUAGAAGCCGUGAAAUAUCUCAUGACUAAAGAAGCAAAGCAGAACAGAUAUGCUGGGAUGACCCCACUCUAUGUCGCAGCACAAUUUGGUUAUUUAGAUAACGUCACUUUCUUAAUUUCCAAAGGAGCUGAUGUGAACGAAGAAAGUAACAACGGGAUGAUUCCUCUCCACCAAGCAGCUGCUGGAGGCCACUUGAAAGUCAUGGAAUAUCUCAUUCAGCAAGGAUCUGAUGUUAACAAAGCAGAUGCCAAGGGUUGGACACCAUUCAAUGCUGCUGUUCAAGAGGGCCACAAAGAAGCCGUGAAAUAUCUCAUGACUAAAGAAGUAAAGCAGAACAGAUAUGCUGGGAUGACCCCACUCUAUGCUGCAGCACAAUUUGGUUAUUUAGAUAUCAUCAAAUUCCUCAUUUCCAAAGAAGCUGAUGUGAACGAAGAAAAUGACAACGGGAGGAUUCCUCUCCACGGUGCAGCUCAAGGAGGCCACUUGAAAGUCAUGGCAUAUCUCAUUCAGCAAGGAUCUGAUGUUAACAAAGCAGAUGCCGAGGGUUGGACACCAUUCAAUGCUGCUGUUGAAGAGGGCCACAUAGAAGCCGUGAAAUAUCUCAUGACUAAAGAAGCAAAGCAGAACAGAUAUGCUGGGAUGACCCCACUCUAUGUCGCAGCACAAUUUGGUUAUUUAGAUAACGUCACUUUCUUAAUUUCCAAAGGAGCUGAUGUGAAUGAAGAAAAUAACAACGGGAUGAUUCCUCUCCACCAAGCAGCUGCUGGAGGCCUCUUGAAAGUCAUGGAAUAUCUCAUUCAGCAAGGAUCAGAUGUUAACAAAGCAGAUGCCGAGGGUUGCACACCAUUCAAUGCUGCUGUUAAAGGGGGCCAUCUUGAAGCUGUCGAAUAUCUCAUAACUCAAGGAGCAAAGCAGAACAGAUAUGCUGGGAUGACCCCACUCUAUGCUGCAGCACUAUUUGGUUAUUUAGAUAUCAUCAAAUUCUUCGUUUCCAAAGGAGCUGAUGUGAAUGAAGAAGAUGAUGACGGGAUGAUUCCUCUCCAUGGUGCAGCUGCUGGAGGCCACUUGAAAGUCAUGGCAUAUCUCAUUCAGAUAGGAUCAGAUGUUAACAAAGCAGAUGCCGAGGGUUGCACACCAUUCAAUGCUGCUGUUAAAGGGGGCCAUCUUGAAGCUGUCGAAUAUCUCAUAACUCAAGGAGCAAAGCAGAACAGAUAUGCUGGGAUGACCCCACUCUAUGUCGCAGCACAAUUUGGUUAUUUAGAUAUCGUCAAAUUCUUCAUUUCCAAAGAAGCUGAUGUGAACGAAGAAAAUGACAACGGGAGGAUUCCUCUCCACGUUUCAGCUGCUAAAGGCCACUUGAAAGUCAUGGAAUAUCUCAUUCAGAUAGGAUCUGAUGUUAACAAAGCAGAUGCCAAGGGUUGGACACCAUUCAAUGCUGCUGUUCAAGAGGGCCACAUAAAAGCCGUGAAAUAUCUCAUGACUAAAGAAGUAAAGCAGAACAGAUAUGCUGGGAUGACCCCACUCUAUGCUGCAGCACAAUUUGGUUAUUUAGAUAUCAUCAAAUUCUUCUUUUUCAAAGGAGCUGAUGUGAAUGAAGAAGAUGACAACGGGAGGAUUCCUCUCCACGUUUCAGCUGCUAAAGGCCACUUGAAAGUCAUAGAAUAUCUCAUUCAGAUAGGAUCAGAUGUUAACAAAGUAGAUGCCGAGGGUUGCACACCAUUCAAUGCUGCUGUUAAAGGGGGCCAUCUUGAAGCUGUCGAAUAUCUCAUAACUCAAGGAGCAAAGCAGAACAGAUAUGCUGGGAUGACCCCACUCUAUGCUGCAGCACUAUUUGGUUAUUUAGAUAUCAUCAAAUUCUUCGUUUCCAAAGGAGCUGAUGUGAAUGAAGAAAAUGACAACGGGAGGAUUCCUCUCCACGUUUCAGCUGCUAAAGGCCACUUGAAAGUCAUGGAAUAUCUCAUUCAGAUAGGAUCUGAUGUUAACAAAGCAGAUGCCAAGGGUUGGACACCAUUCAAUGCUGCUGUUCAAGAGGGCCACAUAAAAGCCGUGAAAUAUCUCAUGACUAAAGAAGUAAAGCAGAACAGAUAUGCUGGGAUGACCCCACUCUAUGCUGCAGCACUAUUUGGUUAUUUAGAUAUCAUCGAAUUCUUCGUUUCCAAAGGAGCUGAUGUGAAUGAAGAAGAUGAUGACGGGAUGAUUCCUCUCCAUGGUGCAGCUGCUGGAGGCCACUUGAAAGUCAUGGCAUAUCUCAUUCAGCAAGGAUCAGAUGUUAACAAAGCAGAUGCCGAGGGUUGCACAUCAUUCAAUGCUGCUGUUAAAGGGGGCCAUCUUGAAGCUGUCGAAUAUCUCAUAACUCAAGGAGCAAAGCAGAACAGAUAUGCUGGGAUGACCCCACUCUAUGUCGCAGCACAAUUUGGUUAUUUAGAUAUCGUCAAAUUCUUCAUUUCCAAAGAAGCUGAUGUGAACGAAGAAAAUGACAACGGGAGGAUUCCUCUCCACGUUUCAGCUGCUAAAGGCCACUUGAAAGUCAUGGAAUAUCUCAUUCAGAUAGGAUCUGAUGUUAACAAAGCAGAUGCCAAGGGUUGGACACCAUUCAAUGCUGCUGUUCAAGAGGGCCACAUAAAAGCCGUGAAAUAUCUCAUGACUAAAGAAGUAAAGCAGAACAGAUAUGCUGGGAUGACCCCACUCUAUGCUGCAGCACUAUUUGGUUAUUUAGAUAUCAUCAAAUUCUUCGUUUCCAAAGGAGCUGAUGUGAAUGAAGAAGAUGAUGACGGGAUGAUUCCUCUCCAUGGUGCAGCUGCUGGAGGCCACUUGAAAAUCAUGGCAUAUCUCAUUCAGCAAGGAUCUGAUGUUAACAAAGCAGAUGCCGAGGGUUGGACACCAUUCAAUGCUGCUGUUGUAGAGGGCCACAUAGAAGCCGUGAAAUAUCUCAUGACUAAAGAAGCAAAGCAGAACAGAUAUGCUGGGAUGACCCCACUCUAUUUCGCAGCACAAUUUGGUCAUUUAGAUAUCGUAGAAUUCUUCGUUUCCAAAGGAGCUGAUGUGAACGAAGAAAAUGACAACGGGAGGAUUCCUCUCCACGUUUCAGCUGCUAAAGGCCACUUGAAAGUCAUGGAAUAUCUCAUUCAGAUAGGAUCUGAUGUUAACAAAGCAGAUGCCAAGGGUUGGACACCAUUCAAUGCUGCUGUUCAAGAGGGCCACAUAAAAGCCGUGAAAUAUCUCAUGACUAAAGAAGUAAAGCAGAACAGAUAUGCUGGGAUGACCCCACUCUAUGUCGCAGCACAAUUUGGUUAUUUAGAUAUCGUCAAAUUCUUCAUUUCCAAAGAAGCUGAUGUGAACGAAGAAAAUGACAACGGGAGGAUUCCUCUCCACGUUUCAGUUGCUAAAGGCCACUUGAAAGUCAUGGAAUAUCUCAUUCAGCAAGGAUCUGAUAUUAACAAAGCAGAUGCCGAGGGAUGGACACCAUUCAAUGCUGCCAUUCAAGAGGGCCACAUAGAAGCCGUGAAACAUCUCAUGACUAAAGAUGCAAAGCAGAACAGAUAUGCUGGGAUGACCCCACUCUAUGCUGCAGCAAAAUCUGGUCAUCUAGACAUCGUCAAAUUCUUCGUUUCCAAAGGAGCUGAUGUGAAUGAAGAAGAUGAUGGCGGGAUGAUUCCUCUCCACGGUGCAGCUGAUGGAGGCCACAUUAAAGUCAUGGAAUAUCUCAUUCAUCAAUGUUCUGAUACAGACAAGAAUGAUAACGAUGGGUGGACGCCAUUACAUGCUGCAGUCAGAAACGGUCAUCUAGAAGUUAUCAAAGUUCUCUUGGCAAAAGGAGCCCUGGGUACCAGUUUUGAAGGAUUGACCCUACUUUACAUCGCAACACAGUAUGACCAUGUUGAUGUGGUGAAAUUCCUUGUCUCUAGUGGAUAUGAUAUGAAUGAAAGAAAUGAAAGAGGCAAGUCCCCUCUUCAUGCAGCAUGUUACAAUGGCAACAUGGAUAUCGUGAAAUUUCUCCUUCGGCACAACGCUAAUGUCAAUGAACAAGAUCAUGAUGGAUGGACACCACUCGAAGCCGCUGCACAAGAAGGACACCACGACAUAGUCGAUUACCUCGCAUUGAAUGAAGCAGACAUGCACGUGAGGGAAAUAGAUGGUCUGACGUCGGUCGGAGCAGCAGCAAACACAACCCAUCCACAUACAUCAGAAGGUACCUCACCCUCUAGAGGUGACCCAGAUGAGGAAGAAACAAGAGAUCCACGUACUGGAGGCCACCAGAAUAUCAUCACAAGAGGAUAUGUGACAGUGACAAUGAAGGAUGCAGACAAGCAUUCACGUGCAGGACAGUUUGCAUCUCAGGUAGAUAAUGCAGAGGAUGGGAAUGACUGCACUAAAGCUGAUAAUGCGAAUAGAGGAGCCGAUGAACCCUCCUUGAAGAGUCUCCCCACAAGGACCCAUGAUGAUAAAGAGGGUGGCAAUGAGGAGCACAAUCCUUUCAUUCAUGCUAAGCUGAAAUAUCCUGACAUAGGUGAACAAGAUCCGUUGCUAGAUCAGAUGAAGGCAAUAACGUUCCCCGGUACAAGAAAAAGACGCGCCACAACAAAUGGCACAGACUGUUCUUCCCCGCGUGGAUUCGAUCCCCCCAAUCUACAAACCAUGGAGACUGACGGUCACCCGUCUGAAGAACCGGAAUUCAGAUGUUACUCACUAAUUGACGAAAACAGGAAAAUUAGAGAAUCUCCUUCACUGAUGAAUGCUGGAGAUGAUCUACCAAUUAACAAACCAUCAGAGAUUGAGAGAAAUGACCGAGGCUCCCAGAUAAGCAGAGCUUGA